AUGAAGUUCCUGGCCAUCUACAUUUUUCUGAUCUUUGCCCUGGUGGCCGUUCAGGCCCAUCCAAAUCGUCAUAAUACCGGUGGAGAGGGUGGAUCCUUCGGUGGACACGGUGGACAGGCUGGUCCCGGUGGUGCCAGUGCCACUGCUAACGCCAGUGCCACUGCCAAUGCCAAAAACCAAGGAGGUGGCCCAGCAUCCGCCAGCGCCACAGCCACCGCAAACGCUGUGUCCAAUUCCCAGGGAGGCGGCGGCCAUGGUUCCCGAGGAUAGGUUCCAAAUAGAGACGAAAUUGAUCUCUCGUAACAGCCUCAACAAAAAAAAGGGCACGUCUUCAGA